AUGGAACGUAUCGCUGGAGAGCUCGGCGUGGGUAUCGCUCACCGUCCGACAGCGACCAUGCGCAGCAAAAUCAUGCAAGUGAAGGAUCGCCUAGACGUGGGUGAACAAUCGGGCGUCGUCUAUCAGAUCCCAUGUCGGGACUGCCCUCGCCACUACACUGGACAAACCGGACGACGACUUAGCUCACGAAUAACGGAGCACAAACGGGCGGUCCGGAGAGGCGACCCGUUGUCUCAGGUCGCCACUCACACCCUGGAGGAAGGCCACGAAUUCAACUUUGCGAGCACGCGGAUAGUGGCGCGGGCCAGCAAUAAGACAGGACGAGAACUGUUAGAGGCCUGGGUGUCUGACACCAACGCUAUCAACAGGCACGUUGACGUACCCCCCUGCUAUCACGCGCUCCAUUCCCGCGGCCAAGGGGCGAGACCCAAUUUCCAGCCAAGGGUGCACGCAGUCACGCCACCGUGA